UGUCUCGAGGACUUAGUUAAUUCAACGACUUCAUCGCGGACGAAUUCACGACGAUGAAGCGUUUGUUAAUAAUUUAUCUUCUUAACACGCUUUCCCAAGCGGUUUUAUUGUCACCGUGCGUGAAGAUCGCGUAUAAACAAACGAAUGAUGUUGGCUUUCGAUGCACUGAAUUAACAACGCUGCGACAGUACUUGGACAAAGCGUGGACCAACACGACGAUCAUUGCGAUUUUUGAUUCAAAUAUUCCUAACAUCCUCGGACAUAGUUUUGUGAGAUUCGGGGCGACUCUCCUGACCUUAGAUCUGCACGAAUCGGGCAUACAAACGUGCGAUACUCAAGCAUUCAUAGGCCUUACGAAAUUAAAGAAACUGAUGCUUUGGGGCAAUAAACUGACGUACGUGCCGGGAGACUGGUUCGUGAACAUGUACUCCCUGCAGACUCUGGAUUUGUCAUUCAACGUCAUUCAGUGGAUCGACUACACGACCUUUCCAAUGCUCAGUAAUUUACAAAACUUUUACUUCGACUAUAACCAACUUAACUCUAUCGACUACAACCUAUUCGCUUAUCUGGGUAAUCUGAAGAAAGUAAAAUUCAGCAAGAAUCCCUGGAAAUGGGCGUAUCGCGCUCGUUUGACGUGGCAGUUGGAAAACCAAAAGGUUGAAAUACUCGACAUGUGGGAGGAUUGGAACUGGAUGAACGUCAUGAUCAAGGAUUGCGUCGAGAGCGGCCGUGGCGAGUUGCCGAGUGACAAGGUGCUUGACUGCGUCGUGGAGAAGCUGCUCGUGUUCACGUACGAGACCUAUAGCGUGCAGGAGAGAAGUAGCAUGGUCGAAUGCAGCAAUCAAACCAGUCGAUUAGUACGUUGUAUGAGACCGAGCAAUGCCACCGGCAACACCGAUUACGAAACGGUACGAAGGAUCCUGGAGGAUUACUCCACGAUUCUGCCCUCAAUGCAAAGAGCGCUCAGCCCUUUCCCAUUGAAAUGAUAAACGAACUGUGUCUCCGUCUUUUUAGGGAUUUCUUUUAGGAUAAAGAUAAAUCUUGAGGCACUUUUACCAUAAAUUUAUAACUGUGUACUCUAUAAUUGCGAGAACUCUUUAAUCGCUACGUGGUAGUGAUUAAUAUAAUCCUUGAAAAAUAAAUGAAUAAAAAGAA